CCCUCCCUCCUCCACCGAAUCGCGUGAAUCGUCCCCAAUAAAAAAAGUAGCGCCCCAGAGCGGCCCGUCCAGGUUACAUACAGCCCGACCUGCCGGCACAUUCACCCCACCAACCCGCCCGGACACCAGACACCAGCCCCCGGCGGCCGAGCUGACAACACCCGGCGAGAGGAACCAUCGAUCGAUCGGGAAAUGACUGAUCGGGCCGGCGGCCACAGCUGAGCUCAUUAUCAGCGGCAAGUCCUCACCCCGUGAAGACCAAGGGAGACCAUCUGCCGGUCUUGCUGCACGGACGACUCCACACGUAACCCGGCAGAGGAAGGAGGGGACAUCCGCGCGCAACUGGUGGUUCCAGCCAGCGAGUAAAACCUCCCCGAACGACCACAGUAGUAUAACCACAACAGCAGGGACGGAAGUACGACGGCUCUGCCCUGGGCUAUGAAGGUGGACUCGGGCGGUGUGGACUUGAGCACCAUGGAAAGUUUGCAGCGACAGGCGAGUCGAGACCUGAGCGACGACGAUUCCGUCUCCCUGGAGCCCGGGGAGAUCCCGCCCGAGGAACUCCGGCGGCAGGUGGCCGAGGCCACGGCGGGAGACCGGCCCUUGAACCUGGAGCACCCGGGGCCGCGGCAGCCCGACCAGGCCGCCGCCAAGGAGAACGCUAGCGCGGCCGUGUCCGUGUCGGUGCCCGGGCACUUCCACCAGGGGCUCGGGGUGGACACCUCCCCGCCCGAGCUCUCCCCGGAGUCCCGAGAGCUUGCCUUCAUGCAGCAACACCUGAACGCCCAUGCCCACCAGGCCGAGUGGUCCUUCCAAGAACAGUUCAAGCAGAAACAGCGUAAAAUGCCGGCGGCGCUGGACAGCAUGAAAGUGCCGGGGCAGCGACAGGGCGACUUUGGGCAUAGUGCGCACCAGUACAUGACGGCACUUAACGAGCUAUAUGAAAUAGACGACGAUCCAAAGAGGAAAGAAUUCCUAGACAACCUCUUCACCUUCAUGCAGAAAAGAGGGACGCCGGUAAAUCGUAUCCCCAUCAUGGCCAAGCAGACCCUAGAUCUCUACCAGCUGUUCAACCUGGUGGUGGAGAGAGGGGGCCUGGUGGAGGUCAUCAACAAGAAACUCUGGCGUGAGAUCACUAAGGGUCUGAACCUGCCCUCUUCCAUCACAAGUGCUGCUUUCACCCUUAGAACACAAUACAUGAAGUACCUCUACCCUUACGAAUGUGAGACCAAGAAGUUGAGUUCCCCGCUGGAGCUCCAGGCGGCGAUCGACGGGAACCGGCGGGAGAGCCGGCGUGCCAGCUUCUCGUACCAGUAUGGCUCGGCGCCCACCAUGAUCCCCCCACAGGCCAGACUCCUCGCCACCGGCAACGGGACACCGCACAGCGCUUCUGAUGACGAGGUGGCAGUGAUCUCCCCACACCACCACCAUCACCUGGGCAGCCCUGUGUCCGCGCUCGCCAGCCUGGCCAAUCACACGUCAGCGCUGGAGCAGCUCAGAAGAGAAGCCCUCGCCGACGGUGAACCCCAGGCCAAGAGACUGGCAGCCGCCAUUGAGAGAGCAACAGACUAUAUGUUUGCUGCAGAGAGAGCAGAGCAGCAGCAGCAGCAGCAGCAACGGGAGCGGGUACAGCAGGAGCUGCAGCAACGCGAACGGGAACAGCGCGAACGGGAACAGCACCACCACCACCUCCAGCAGAGGAUAGCUGUCCCCCAGCUGCCCGCUGCUAACAUCAAGAUAGGGUCACUAGAUAAUUCUGACAACAAAAGUCUGAUACUGGACAUGUCCAGCAGUAACGCCAUUGGUGUGAGCAUCGAACUGAACGGCGUGCUGUACCAGGGCGUGCUGUACGCCAGAAACGCUGUCCCCACGCUCUCCCCACACGAGCCCGGGCCGCAGAGCGCUGCCAGCAUCCCCCGCUCCAAUGCGGUGUGAGACCCACUUUGGUGGGAGACCCUACCUUGCACUGCCCCUUUACUGUGCAGGCUGUGGCAGAGGUUUGUGACCCUCCGAAAAAAUUUAAAAAUAUUGUUAUCUGGAAUGUGUAUAGUUUAAAGAAAGUAGAUUCUGUCAUUAUAGUUCCAGUAUAAAUCUAUCCACAAUGUCAUUAUUUGUAAUAUUUGAUAUUACAAAGGAAUUGUUGUCUUUCCCUUUUUUUAAGGUGGCGUACAUGUAUGUACAGGAAAGGGACAACUUUCAGUAUACUACAUGUCCAUAAGUAUGUCAAUAAACUCAAUACCAUGGCCCAGAAACAAAGUUGAUCAAAGUGCUUACAUGUGUGUAAGAUAAAUUUCUAAAAAGAGCCAAACUGUUGCCACAUCCUGCACACUCAUGCCAAAACCAAAGCAAUCUCCAUUGUACCUGACUCCACAUGUUCCCAGUGUAGAGGAAACAGGGACCACAGUUGGUCUCUGAGUAGACAUGCCAAUACAAUUCCAGUCAUCCUUUUUUUUCCCUAUACUUACCAGAUCUGAAAAGUUGAUAUACAACGUGAAAACAUUUUUUAGCUUUGUUAGUGUGUAUACUCUGUACAUCUAUGUCCCAAGUAUACUUAAUUUACUUUAGAUCAUGUAUUUCAGCCACAUUUAACCUGUUUGUUUUAGAUGUAAGGAAUUGUACUGACAUGGUUUAACGGUGUAUUUUGUACCAUUAAAACUGUACACAGUGUCCUCCAACUUGUAAAUGUGACUCCUCAAAAAAAAAAGUGCUCUUCAUAUGACCCUGUGUUAAAGUCCCGGUGUAAAUGUUAGCAGUGUAGGUGUACAUUCCUCCAGCUUGUUGGCAGAGCAUACUGUGCCUGCUUGAAACCUGCAUUGGUCGAAGGUCUCAUUUAAGGUUGUAUUUGCAUAUUCACGGACAAUGUCCCAUCUAUACUUUUCAAAUGUUGUGUGGGAAAAAAAUUUCAUCUGCAACAGGCAAUAUUCUGAUGACCAAUAUUCAAUGUUGACCAAACAUCCAAGGAAAACCAUGAAAAAUCCGGGUUACAUGCAGGCGCUGUAUGUUCUUUCGGCAUGCUCAUUGCUCCACAUUCCUGUUGUGUGACUGGGGAGCAUUCAUGCAGCUGUAGGGUACAGGAAUUAAUGACUACUGAGCACCAGAUAGUUGUCUGCAACAGUGUUUAUAGACAGGAAAUGGUGCAAGGAUUGACAAUUGUAGAGUGACAUUAUCUUUUGGAAACGAAACAGAGAAACACACAUGAACAUUGAUACAGUAUAUACACACAUACAUACAUACAUACAUACACACACGAACACACACAAAUGCACAAAAACAUGUGAGACAACUAGCAUAGCACACUAUCUGUUUCAAUGUCUUCCUGUUACAAAGACACUGGCAUACAUGUACAUGAACACUGCACUCAGCCAAAACGUUGCUCAGAAAGGCCCCCUGUUGGAAGCAAGUGGUAUUGCAGAACCUAUACCAACCUGCUGCAAAACUGAUAAAUAUUAUAGUUUACAAGUUUGCUGUAGAAUAUCAGUAUGUGGUAUCAAGUACAUUUUAUACAUAUUUUUGUUUCAUAUGUUAACCAGCACAUGAGUUAUAAUCAUUUCCUGCGAUAUGUAAUAUGUAUCUAGAGAAGGUUUGAUCAUGUAAUGAUCAUAGAAUUGUUCUAGUUUUGCUGUCAACAGCUGGCAGAUAUUGUGCACAUAAGGUAUAUUGGGUAUUUUAUCAAUUUAGUGGGUGUACUUCCUUGUCCAUUCCAAGGACAAGGUUGAUUGAAUUCUUAUGAUUGACAAUCAUGUUAAGAAAUGUGUGCCGACACAAUGAUUCUGAAAUAACAAUGUGCAGUACUAGUACUGGUGUUGGGAAUAGAUCAUUCCAAUAGUUGAACUAUUUUUCUCUCUUUUUAAAGACAACUCAAGUCAGGGAAUAAUGUUUGUAGUUAUCUUGGAUUUUCUCUUCUUUUCUUGCACUUCUUUCACAGCUGUUUCCCAGUCCCAAGUAUAUUUUAAAAUCAAAAGUUUCAAAACUGAACCAAGACCACCCUUAAGUACCUUGGCAGACAUCAGAAUGAGACAUUAUUAUUUCAAACUUGGUCUGUUUAAUUCUAAUGCUAUCAUUUGGUACAAACUACAAUGUAGGUCCUGUACCUUCUUUCUUAGUACUUUUAUGUACAAUGUAAGUGGGAAAUCAGAUUAUGUAUAACUAUGCACAUUUAAUGCACAGUUUGUUCCACUAUUGUUGCAGGAAGAUUUUGUAGUGCUUUUUUUUUUCUUUAUCAUACGAGACCUUCAUAUAUAUGUAGCUACUUGUUGACACAGUUGUAUAUGUGUUUUUAGUUUGUUGCCAUGACAACAUAUAUACCCUGAUGUUGUCCUUACAUGUAACGUUACAUCUGCCACAGAAAUGCACCCUGUGGGUACAGUCAAACCUGGCUGUAGUGACCACUCAAGAAAAUGUAAUCAGUAGACAGGUGACCACUAGAGACGGUUCAGAAUUCCUGGGUCCAUCUAAAAAAGAAUUAUGGAAGGGCUCACCAAAUGUGGCCACAAUGGCCAGGUGGGCCCUUAUAUGCGUAUGCAGGCAUGACUGUAUAGUCUUAUUCUCUAGAAAAUGUAACAGAUAUAGGUAUGAUAUUCAAGCUGCUGCUUUCAGAAUGUUUCUCUUUUUUGGAUACUUGCUUUAGCUUAAACUGUAGCUUUUGUGUUGUACAGUGUGGUUGGCCUUGAAAAGGUGUAAAGUACAUCUUUUUAUAGCGUGAGAACUUCUCCCAAAUCUGUUUUGUAUAUCACGUUACACUUGUCUGUGUUUCUAGACAACAGGAAAAAAAAAGAAAGAAAAUACCUCAGAGGACAUAUUAAUAAAGGAAGGUAUUGAGUCUGCUAAAUAGCUAGAGGACUUUUUUUGGCGCCGCCUCAGGGGCGUAGCGUUUUCUUGCUGUGCGUGUAGAUAGGUCUGUGUAAUUGUAUCCAGGAGUGCAGCUUUGUAGAUGGCCUAUGCGAGUCGGUGCGUAGUGUCCUGGUGCAUUGUGGGAGCGGUAUCUGUAUAUUUUGGUUACGGUAACAAGUGGAGUCCGAAUCCUUGUAUUUUUACUCAAUAAAACAGAGGAGGAUAUGUAUCCAGAA